AUGGCGCCUCCCGUUGACCGCAUCGCCACGGGCGUUGUGGUCCGCGCGUCGAAGCGCGUGCCCUCUCUAGCCGCACCACGCAGCCACCCUCUCGCUACCACUAUCAUCUGUGCCUCUCUUCGCUCCACGGUCACUGCUGCGGCUGUUGCUGGCCCAGCCACCAUCGCGUCUCCGGCGAACGCGCUGGUGUGCAGCCGGCGCACCUUCUACGACAAGAUCCGCGAGAAGCGGGACGGGAGUGAGGACGAGGGACCGGAUCAGAUGUUCCAGGACUUCCCGAAGGGCCCGAGCCGGCAGCGUGUCCCGGCUGAGCUGCACAGAGGCAAUGAAAGCGCGGUCGAAGAUGCCGAGAAGCUCAACCGGAUCUUCUGCGUCUUUUUCGUGCUGCUGUUUAGCGGCUUGUUGUACGUGCUGAACCCGUUCCGGAGAGACCCGUACGGCCGCCCCGAUGGGUACGGGAUGACGGAGCCCAAGUUGGUCUACGGCAGCAGCGACCUCGCCUGCAGCAGCAGCAGCAGCAGCAGCGACCGCCGCCGACGUGAAGAAGAUAUACACAGCAUCAGGCGGCUCGCGUAG